AUGGGUGAAAGGAGAGGAAAGAAGGAGGAAAGAAGAAAGGAGAAAGGAGAAAGGAGAAAGGGAGGGUGGGUGUAGCUGAACGACUGACUGGUUGACUGACUAACGACGGAGCGACGACAAAUGAACAAGACAAGGCAGGGCAGGGGGAUAGCGCAAAAUGCCUAUGAAUUUCUUUAGCUGUUACAAACGAUGUGGUGCCGCAUGCAAUUGCCUCAAGUACUCCAAUGCCAGGCCACGCUGAGCAGUUCAGUCCAACCCAAUCAAACACCGUGCCGAACAGGACAGGACAGGACAGGACAGAACCGACAACCCUCACAGCCAGCGCCACGCACACGCCUAUCCAAAACCAAAACCAAGCACCCACGAAGCCUCUGGCCCUUACACGCUCCCCGCCUAACACGUUCCCCCGCUACCCCAACCCCAGUGCACUACUCCCACUGCCAAAGACCAAAGAAGCCAGGGGUGCAGUACCUGACUUCGACUCCAACCCAGCCACAACCACCGAGAACGGCACAGCCGGACGCGGCACGCACGCCCGCGCGCUGAAAACCGUCUACGAGGGAGAGAGAGGAGAGGGAAGACGCAAAGAGGACACGAAAGGGAAAAGGAAAAGGAAAACGACAGAAGCGCGCAGCCAGAGUGAUUAGUAGAAGAGGCAGCGACGCCCAGGACCGCGUCUUCUUGAUGGGUAUGUAGGAGCUAUGAACCGUACCGUACCGUAGCGUAUUAUAGCGCUGCACAUCCGCCGUACAUAUCGUGCUUCACACCGCACACGCGCCUACCACGCAGCA